GAACAUUACUUUUGAUGAAAUAUCUCAUUAUUUCGCUGAGGAGGCCUUCAUGAGAUAAUUCCUCACAUUCCUGAAGGGGCCACUAAGAGUUUCUUCUUCCUCUUCUUUUUUUUGGGAGGAACCACGUGUCAAGGAACAUCAUCAUCAAGGAAGAGAACCAGGAGGCCCAACGUCUUCGACACUGAAUAAACGAUGGCCGUGAAUAUGGUAAUUCCACUUCUCAUUCCCCUCGAGGAGAACCUUCAUAACACCACUCGCCUUCUGCCCGGCGGAGGAGGACCGGUCCAGUUCUCGGAGCCCCGCUACUGCAUCCUUCUGGCGGAGGACUCCCCGCCCUCCAUCUCCGUGGCACAGGUCUCCGCCUCUCAUAGGGAUGGAGCAUCCGUGAGAUACAGCAUCACAGGAGGCAACAGAGAUGGACUGUUCACCAUCGAUCAACACACUGGCCUCAUCACCCUGGCCGCGCCGCUGGACUUUGAGAGCCAUCCUAAGCACGAGCUGGUCGUGGCAGCCGAGGCUGGAGGUCGUACCGUGCACACCAUCGUGCAAGUGAGCGUCGAGGACAUCAACGACAACCCUCCCCACUUCCUCGAGGACAACCUCCAGGUCACCGUGAUCGAGGAGGAAGACACAGACCUCCCAGCCACCAUUGUGAGGGUGCUGGCCGAGGACCCAGACAGAAUAGACGAAGGGCGGCUCGUCUAUAGCGUGGGGGGAGAGGGGGUCGAUGAUCACGACCCCAAGAAGGCCUUCUUCACGAUCAACCCCCACUCGGGUGAACUCAUAUUGUUACGGGCACUUGACAGAGACCCACCCUCAGGCAGAGAUAAAUGGGAGAUUCGAGUCCAGGUACGGGAUGGUCAACGCGUGCCCUCCUCACUGGCAGCCGCCAGCGCAAGAAGGCCAAAAGUAUCCUUUAGAUCAGUACCCUACAAGAGUGAUUCUAGGGAUAGCCCGUCUCGACGGCCCCCUACGUCUCAGGAGAGUUUAGAGCAGCGCUGGGGAUUCAGAAAGUCCUUAGAGCAGCAUGGAAAGGCCCCUCUCCGCCAAGAAAUGCAGAGUGACCAACCUCUCCCCAGCCCAGUGGGUCAUUCUAGAAUUGGCAGUUCUGCUGUGUCGUUUUAUGAUGGACUGGAAACAGCAGAUAGACUGAUGAACUUGAGGAAAUCUGAGAGGCAGUUCGCUGAUAAAACUGAUGGCUGGAGUGAUAAAACUGAUGGCUGGCAUGAUAAAACUGAUGGCUGGCAUGAUAAAACUGGUAGCUGGAAUGAUCAAACUAAUGGCUGGAGUGAUAAAACUGAUGGCUGGAGCAACAGAAAAGGUGAUAACAUGAGCAAAAGUAAUAGUGAAACACACACUUCAAAUCCAAAGAGAAAUUCUAAAAAGAAGCUUUUCAGUCAGAGGAGACUGAAGGAAAGCGAAAAGAGAAGAAAGAUGAGAGAUAAGAGUCAUCAAAAUAAGAUUGAUUACCAUGAAAGAGGACAGAUGCAGGAAAACAAAUUGAGAAUAUCCCAGAAUGAAGAGAAGAGGCCCAAGAAUCUCCGGUUGAGAUUACCUUCUCACUCCCUGCUGAAAUUCAAGCCUCCAAGACGUCCCAGAAUAUUGCCCAGGGGGUGGAUAGAAGAAGAGGUGUCUCCAGGGAGUACCAAGAGCAAUUUCAGCGGGAGAUGGAAGGCCUUCAAACCUAGAAAAUCCUCCAGAACUGUCAGGUUUCCCUGGAGAAAGAAACACCAGAAGGGGUCUCCUUCGAAACACAGACAUGCCGCUGACCUGUACAGUGACCUCGUCAAGGUAUCGUCACCUCCUAGCACUGACGUCAUAACCGUGCCUGAAGAAAAAUUUGGACAGCUCUUACAAGAUAGUGGCAAAAAGCACAUCAAGAGGCACCAAGAGUCUUAUUACAAAAGUCAUAACACUACCGAUUUCAUCUUGGGUUACUAUCCCCUCAGAGAGUGUCCUUAUAUAUUCAGCAGCCUCGCACUUAAUUCAACAACGGAGCAAAACGGCUUUCUUGGAAGUCGCAGAACUACGCACAGAGAUUGUGUAGACCGAUAUGCCGGUGGGAGUAACCACCAGAUGCUUCCUCCUACAGCUCACAUACAGGGUAAAGCCAUGAUUCCAGUCAGGCGACGCCACCGUCGGUAUGUGAAGAGGUUUGCCCCUCUGGACAGUGGUGGAUGUCAGGAUUACGGAGACUUCUCCCUGGAAGACGAAGAGGAGGAGGAGGAGGAAGAGGACCUCUUUCCAGAGACCAGUAAAGCAAGAGACGCCCUUCCCGAUCUGGCAGACGUCAUUGCUGGUAUCGGUGACGCAGGAGGGGGCGGGGGAGGGAGGGUCCACGUUGUCGAAACCGUUGUGACUGUCGUGGUGAAGGACGUCAACGACAACCCGCCGGUCUUUCCUAACUCGACCAUAUUCGGAGAGGUUCAGGAAAAUGGACCCAUAGAUUUAUCAGUGGCCAUGGUGUCCGCCUGGGACGCAGACGACGUGUCGGAGGGCACCAACGCCUUCCUGACGUACUCCAUCGAGAAAAACGUCAUAGACGAGCGCUCAGGGCAGGCCAUCUUCGCCGUGAACCCGGAGACGGGAUACGUCCGCACCGCCAUCUGUUGCCUGGACAGAGAAACGACGCCAGAGUACCAGAUUCAGGUCGUCGCUGUCGACGGUGGAGGAUUAAAAGGAACGGGCACCGUUAUCGUGCGUCUGGCAGAUGUGAACGACAAUUCUCCCCGAAUAACCCGCGAAAUUUGGCAGGUUGAUGUCAAUGAAACCUGGGGGCCCGGACCCCCUUCUAACACCACCCUCCUGCAGAUCACUACCCAGGACCACGACACGUCAAAUUACUUCUAUUAUCGAGUGGUGGAGGGGAGCGGAUGGGGGUGGCAACACUUCGACAUGAGGACUCAGGGAACCGCCGGGGAGCUAUAUGCCAUCAAGACCCUCGAUUACGAGGAUCCCGAGCACAGGAGAGGAUUCCGCUUCAUGGUCCAAGUGACAGACAGGGGCCGAGGUGGGUGGGCGGAUCCGCGCCACACGGACACGGCAUGGGUGGCAGUCAGUCUCGUCGACCUGAACGAUAAUCCUCCCGUUUUUCGGCGCCCUCAAGCCCAGGUCACCGUCAGGGAGGACACCUCCCCAGGGACGCUCCUCGCUACCCUCCCCGCCCGGGAUCCUGACAUGGGUGGACAGCAAAGGGUGCAAUACCGCGUCGUGGGCGGAUGGGGCGCCCUGUCCGUCGACGCGGCGGGGGGCGUGAGGCUCUGGAGGGCCUUGGACAGGGAGGCCGCCGGCGGGGAAGUGGGAGUUGCCCGGGUCAUCGGCGUGGACGAGGGAUACCCGCCCUUGUCAUCCACAGCGACUCUGACGAUAUCCGUCACGGAUGUCAACGACUGCGCCCCUCGACUGCAGCCUCCGACGGUCCUCCACGUCACCGAGGGCAUCCAGGCGACGCGCCUCGGGGUGCUCACGGCCACGGACGAUGACGUUUGGGCGCUAGGGCACGGGCCGCCCUUCAACCUCUCCAUUUCGCCGUCCAAUCCUACUCAUGUCCUGCGGCUGUUGAGUCUCAGAUAUAAUGCUAGCCUCGACAGCGGACGGGGCGGAGGCGAAAUGUGGACGACGGGACCGAUCGACAGGGAGGUCUACCCCCACCUGACGGCGGAGGUCGUAGUCACGGAUGCCGGGGGCCUGGCAGCCACUCACCCCGUGACUAUUGUCAUCGAUGACGUCAAUGACAACCCCAUGAAGCCCGCGGCUAAGGCUGUCUACCUGUGGAAGACUCAGAGCGGAGGCGCAGAAGCAGCCUUGGGGCGCGUCUACGUUGAGGAUCCAGACGACUGGGAUCUGGAAGACAAGACUUUCCAGUGGGCUGGAAAACCCCACCCACUGUUCACCCUCAAUCCGCAGACCGGUGCUAUUUACGCCUCAACCCAGAUCAGGGAAGGAAGGUAUGACCUGCACUUCCACGUCGCAGACCGCGUUUGGGGUCAGCAUGACGUCAGCGCCAACGUCAGCGUUACCGUCAGGAACCUUCCCCCGGAGGCCCUCGCCCACGCCGUUCCGGUGACCCUGUCUCCCGCCACACCCGCAGCGCUAACGGCUGGGUGGACGCCCAAGCAAGGCGGAGGCGGCCUGGGGACAUUCACCUCCGGAAUCUCCAAAAUCCUGAAGGAACCUCACGACGCCAUCGAGAUCGUGAGCGUCUACGGCCAUCCUACUUUCGAUCCUACGUUCACCAUGGCGUUCCAAAUCCCUCCCGCGACGACGCCGUUGGAGUCCUACGGCAGCGCCGCCUUCGCCCAGCCAACCCCGGCGCCCUUUGCCUGCGUCUGGGUGAGCAUCAAGGAGCCCAAGGGGAGGUUCAUGGAUCCUGUGAAGCUUCAAGGACUCCUUGCCCUUCAUAUUGAAUACCUGGAAAGCGUCAUGAAUCUGAAGCUGUCUCUGGCGAUGCCCGACGAGGAGGGGGAGGGCCAGAGAGGGGGGAACCCCUCCGGUAGGAGACCUGGAGGAGGAGGAGGAGGUGUAGGAGGAGGAGGACCAGACCCGUCGUCUUCCAAUCCGGAGAUCCAUCGCUUCCUUGGCUUCCAAGUCCACUGCCUCUACAGGAAGGCUCACGUCAUAUUGUUUGAUGGGAUUUGCUUGGUCGUGGACACGAACACGACGUCGCUAGUGACGCCCCGCCUGACCCGCGCCCAAGACUGCCACGCCCAUUCCCGCGAGGUAGUAGACUUCAGCUGCACGCCUACGUCCUGUCUGAACGGUGGGCGGUGCGUCAGAAACGAUCAGGGUAACAGGUGCAUAUGCCCAGGGAUAUCCUGGGGUCCUCAGUGCAAGAUCCUGAGCCGAUCCUUCUCAGGAAACGGAUGGGCGUGGGCGCGGCCUCUCCCGCCAUGCCUGCCCAUGACCCUAUCGAUUCGGGUAUUGACAACGAACCCCCGCGCCCUCAUCCUGUACUGGGGUCCCCUCUCUUCUACCUCCGCCCACCCACACUACCCGCCCACGCCCAUGCUGGCGUUGCAACUGGUGCAGGGGCAUCCCCAAGUGCUGCUGGAGGGCGCCCGUGGGCCACUCAAGUUGGAAAUCAAUACCACUUUAAGUGACGGUGUUUGGCACACAAUCCACCUGCGUCUCAAUUCUCAGGGUGUAACGCUCAUGGUGGACUAUUGUGGGCGCGGUUGGAUGGCCGAUUCCAGCAACGACUCCCACUGCAUAGCCCGUACCCCGUGGGUGGACCCGGUGGCUAAGCAGAACUGGGGGAGCAGCAGUUACCCCCUGCAAAUAGGGGGCAUGGCUCAUUCCCCUCCGAGGGCGUCCCAUUUUGGGUGGUCGGCCUCGCCCAUACAGCAGGGGCUUCGUGGCUGCGUCUCUCACUUGACGGUCAAUGGACAGCUGGUCGACUUGGGAGAACCUGCCUACAGUAGCAACAGCAACAGCGGCUGCUUCACGCAGGAGGAGGCCUGCCUGACGAAAAUAGGCUUCUGCGGCGUCCGAGGUCACUGCGUCGGAGGCCUGAACAAACCAAGAUGCGAGUGUGAGCCUGGAUGGACCGGGGAAGGGUGCGAGGCGCCCGCCGUGCCAAUGUCCCUCGGCGCCGACUCGUACAUGAAGAUGGCCCUGUCUUUCAAACCCGAUCCCUAUUAUCUCAAGGCCCAGAUGAGGGUGAGGCAGUCAGCGCCUUCCAGCGGCCUCCUCAUGCAGCUGGCUUCUCAUCACCAGUCGGUCGUUUUAGAUAUACGGUUACGCGGAGGCAUCGUCUGCGCCUCCCUUUCCGGGACGGCGUGGAAAACGACGGAAGCCUGCGUCGAGGGGUACCUCCUCUCCGACGGGGAGUGGCACACGAUUUGGGUCGAGCGCCAUGGCCACAACCUCCUGGUUUCCGUGGAUGACGGCGAUGGCUGGAGGCACAACGAGACCUUGCCGUCUCUCGUGAUGGCCUCCAGCAGGAGUGCUGGAGGAGGAGACCCUCAAGAUCUGGCUUCCGUCGCCCCAGUGCCCCUCGUAGUAGACAAGCAAGAUGGCGUGACGGUUGGUGGUCUUCCCGAAUACGUCGGCGUCAGUUUAGUGACGGUCCACGAAGACCUCAGUAAUAUCUGCAUGGACGACAUACGCGUCUCGGGUCGUCCAUUGCCCGUGCCCCCUGCCAUGAACGGGACUAGCUGGGGCCAGGUCACCACUCUCCAGCAGGUGGAACAGGGUUGCCAGCCGCCUGACCUAUGUGCCAACACGACAUGCCUUCCACCACUUGCCUGCCACCCUUCCUGGACUCAUGCCACUUGUAGCUGUAGACCGGGAAUGAAACUGGUCGGUGGAAUCUGCCAAGACGUGGACGAAUGCAUCUACGAACCGUGUCUGUUCGGAGGUACCUGCAGCAACCUGUACCCUGGGUAUAAGUGUACCUGCGGACCGCACCACACAGGGGAGAACUGUCAGUGGACCAGCCUUUCAGCGCAUUCGCAGUCGUUCGCGCCACCCUUGGUGAUCGCCGCCGUAACUCUCUCGCUUCUUGUUGUAGUGGUGCUCGGUGUUCUCCUGACACUGCGACUGCACAGGUCACGUGGGGGCAGGGGGGUAGACCUGCGUGGUGGGUGCGUGGGUGAUGUUGGCAGCGUGGAAGGCAUCUCGGGCGUCAUCGAGACUCAAGUACCUGCCAAGGAAAACGACGUCAAGACGAACAUCGCCAAGGAGGAAGCAGUGUUGCUCGAGUCGCUGAAGCUGAAACUCAACAAUCAGUCGUCCCCUGAUGAUAAACAGUCGGUAUCACUUUUGGCAGCAACAAAUUUAGCGAAUGAAAGCAAAUCUAUGAAGAAAGUGAGUUUUAGUGUCACGGCCAGUGGAACCCCCAUAAUAGAAACUCAAGAUAGCAAAAAUGACACAACUUCACUUAGAGGAUCGGUGAAAUCGCUGACAUGUGGCAGUAGAACAGGCUCGCUGAGGAAGCAAAACCUUAAGGUGGAAACUUCAUCAGCUGUAGAGGGUCCAAAGAUAGUUGCAGUUUCCGAUUUGUCGAGUGCACAGCUGUUACCAGCGCAAGAUGAUCUUCGAGCGUAUGCCUAUGAAGGAGAUGGGUCUCCUUCAGGAUCCCUUACGUCAACUGUCUUGGGCCUUAGAACGGAGUCCUUAGAAGGUGAUGUCCAGCAACCCCUUAUUCCGGAAUAUGGAGAGGUUUUCGACCUCCUAAAAACCCUUCCGGAUUCUACUGGAAUCCCGGUCUUUCUGGAAGACAGUUCCAGCUACGAAGCGCAGCUGGAAAGAUUGCCGUUAGAAUCUAUAAGUUCCACCGUUACGACUAAUGAAAUUAGGGAAAGCGAAGGAGAGUCUAUAGAAGUGGUGUCCCAUAUUAUGAGACAGCCAGGUUCCUCAGACACAUUACGGCGUAGUAGCCAGAGUAAAACAAAUUUAUCCCCCACAUCUUGCUGACAGUAAGUCAAGAAGGAAGAGAGAGAGAGCGAGAGAGAAAGAGAAAAAAAAGAAAGUGUUCAGCUUCCUUUUCAUUAUUUUUGCAAUCUCACAUCCUAGCAUAUUUAAUGUGUAGCCAGAUUUCUUAAAAAUAAAAAAUAAAAAAUUCCGUUAUCGUAAGUUUUCCAAACGUUUUUGUUUAAUGUGCGCUAGCUUUACAAAGAAAUAUUUUUAUCCCUUAUAUAUUUAAAAUAUAUUUCUGUGAUUUGAGAUAGGUAUUAUUCUUGUGUGUGUGUGGGAGAGAGGUAUUAUUCUUGUGUGUGCGUGGGAGAGAGUAUAUGAACUUGCUGCGUGUGUGUGUGUGUGUACAGAGAGAGAGAGAGAAGAAAGAAAACCUGCUAUAAAUGUAAAGUAAUUUUAUCAACUGACUAAGCUCUCAAAUGCCUGUAGUGUACUCCUGCAAUAUGUUAUUCAGCUUUGAAUAACUAGCUUUGAAGGUAUCAAGAACAGUGUUCCGAGUUCACAAAACAGUGGAAAAAAAUGAGCUACAAAAAUAACGAGAAUCUAUGAAAUGUUUGUACGUUUAUAUACACAAGCAAUAAAUGUUAUAUAAUAAGA